AUGCAGAUUCUGGGCAGCAACGAUAGUAUCGCUGGCCACCUCAAUGUGUCUGCCCAGCAGCUGGCCGACAUGAUGCCCACCGGGAUGGCCGUCCUGGAUCACCAGGACAAAUUCGUGUUUGUGAACAGGCGGUUCCUGGAACUGACCACCUGCACCGCAGAUGAGGCGUUUGAGUGCUGGUGCCAGACCAUUCACCCCGAGGACCUGGACCGCGUGACCACAGCUUACCGGCACGCGUCACAAGCCAAGCACGCCCUGCGGAUUGAAUAUCGCACUCGACUACAGCCAUGUCUGUGGCGUGUGUGUUUGUUGAUGCCACUGGAGGAUGAAGCCGAGCGACGGGGAUUCAAUCUCGGCUCGGAAGGGGGCUUCAUCUGCACCAUCACCGAUAUCACGCAGGAGAAGACGGCAGAAUUGACCCAGAGAAAGAUUGCCAACGACGCCGAGGAACGGAAACAACAGCAGGAACGGUUUAUCGACAUGAUCAGCCACGAGGUCCGCAACCCGUUAUCGGCCAUCCUGCACUGCACCGAGGAUAUCCUCGAAGCCGUUCACCAGCCGGGCCGAUGGGAGGCCAUGCGGGCAGAUAUCGCGCAAGCUGCCGACACCAUCAGUCUCUGCGUAGCGCAUCAGAAGAAGAUCAUCGACGACGUGCUGACGUACUCCAAGCUGGACGCGUCAAUGCUGACCUUAUCCCCCCGACGCGUCCAACCGCGCCGGAAUGUGGCCACAGCCCUGGCCAUGUUUCGCCCGGAGCUCCGCAAGCACGCCAUCGAGUUUGACUACCAGCUGGAUGAGUUCUACGCUGAAUGCCACAUUGACUGGGUCAUGGCAGACAUGGAUCGCAUGAGCCAGGUCCUGAUCAAUCUGCUGUCCAACGCCAUCAAGUUCACCGCCGGCGCAGGGGACCACAAACACAUCCGCGUGUCCAUUGGGGCCGCCACGAAGCGACCUCCCUCGUACCCCCCCAACGUCGUGUUCUUUGACUCGGGCCCGCAGGCCUUGAAACUCGACGCAACCUCGCAAACGGAAUGGGGCGACGGGCCGGUGGCAUAUCUGAUGGUGGCUGUCAAGGACACCGGCAUUGGCAUCAGCGAUGAGGCCCAGAAGCGGCUGUUUGAGCGCUUCAACCAGGCUACGCCCCGAACCCAGACCAUAUACGGUGGCUCGGGGCUGGGACUCAACGUGAGCCGGCGAUUGUGCCACUUGCACGGCGGAGAGAUUGGGGUGAGUUCCAAAGAAGGCGAGGGGAGUACCUUUGGGUUCUUCUUCACCGUCCGUCGGAGCGCGCCAGGACAAGGAGAGGAUACAUCCAAGAGCAACGGCACCACCGAGAUCGACCGGCUGUGUAGCCAGAUUCAAGCUAUGGACAACGAGAUGAGCGGAGUGGCCGAACGUACCCCCCGACCCCAUAUCCCAGAGAGUCCCCCGGUCACCUACGUCCCCGAGAUCUCCCCCCGCGCCAGCAGUGACGACCGCAUCGAACACACGGCCAAGUUGGCAAACCAGGUGGCCCCAUCGCCGCAGCAUGCGACUGCCGAAAGUCAUGGCCGAUCUAAGGGCAGCCCAAAUGAUGGCAAGAAGGAGGGCUCGACAGCAGCGGGUAAGAAACGGAUUCUGCUGGUCGAAGAUAACGUCAUCAACCAACGUAUUCUCUCGCGCAAGCUCCAAUCCUCCGGUUACCAAGUGUGGGAAGCGAGUAACGGGCAGGAGGCCGUCGAGGCGGUCCGAAACGACAUCUUUGACUGUGUCCUCAUGGACCAAGUCAUGCCUGUAAUGGAUGGAACCACGGCGACCCGGGCCAUUCGCGCGUUGGAUUCCAAGAUGGCGCAGGUACCCAUCCUCGGAGUGACGGCCAAUGUGCGGGCGGCGCAGAAGGAUGAGAUGCUGACGGCGGGGAUGAAUGAUAUCAUCUAUAAACCAUACAAGAUGCAGGACCUGGUGGGGAGGAUCAAUCAGGCCGUGGGGAGGUCUGAUGAGGAAUAA